GGAUACUACUUUUACUUUACUAAGUUUGGAGACUUUGAGCGGGUUUUCAAAGCUUGAACUGAACCUGAUCUGCAGCUAUCAAAAUUUUCAACAGUUUGGCUUCAGCUGCACGGAUAUUCUUUUUGUCUACCUGUGAAGUGAUUCAAGUUGUGAAGUACCCCAUUUAAAUGCUAAGAAUUUGUGGAAUAUGGGACAUUUUGUUGUUCAGGAUUUGCCAUGGAUUCUCUGUUCACUUCGGCUUGUCAUUAUGAUAAUUGCUGGUAAAGUUUCCCCUACCAGUUCAGAUGCCCUCUUCAGUGUCCCAGUUACUAGUACCACCUCCAGCCCACCAGAAGUUUACCUCCCUGCCAACUUUAAGCUCUCCAACACACAGUUGGCCUUCUUUCUCCAAGAGGCCCGAGUUCCACCAUAUGGCAGCCAACGUGGACACCCUCUUCAGCGUUCAGAAAGCUUUGUGGUCUUUCAGACCAAAGAGCUGCCUGCAAUCAACAUCUCACUUGGACCUUUCACCCAAGACCAGACAUUGUCCAAGGACCUAUUGCAACCGUCAAGUCCUUUGGACAUUCCCGGACGGGUGACAGUCAACUGGAAGGUCCGGGCAUUUAUUGUACAGUCUAGAGUUUUUGCUAGUAACCCAUUGGUUCAGGUGCUGUUCUAUAUCGCAGGACGGGACUGGGAUGACUUCAAGAUUCAGGACAAGCUUCCAUGUGUGAGGCUGCAUGCUUUUAGAGAUGUUCGGGAGAUCAAAACUUCCUGCAGGCUUCAAGGGAAUCUGGCACAGUGCUUGGCCCAACUGGAUCUCCCUUCCACAUGGUUUAAUGUUAAUGUAGCACCACUGGGUCGCAGAAAGUUCUCAGGGACAGAUGGACUUGAGUUAAGUGGGGAGACCCUUCAAGUAGAGCUUUACUAUACUCUCCAUGAUCCAGACAGCAAUGAUGAAUGUGGGGAGAGCUACCCACGCCAAGGAGGGGCAUCCAGAGGGGAGAGCUCAUCCCAACAACCCCUUCUCCGUAUUGGGAGCAUCAGUUUGUACCAGCCCAGUCAGGAACAACUAGUGGUUGACAAACAGCUUGACAAGAACCUCUUUCUGAGACUACCAGAGAGGCCAUUAAAGCCAGGAGAGACCCUCAACAUCUACCUGCUUCUGGUCCCAAAUUCUACUGUGGAGCAGUUUACACUCAAGGUGAAAGCAAAGAAAGGGGUGAACCUUCUUAGCACUAAGUCGAGGAGUAACCAGUGGAAGGUUGAAUGGGAUGUGCAGUCGGGAGCCAAACACUCCAUUGCAACCGUGGAAGCCAGCAAGAUCAAAGGAGUCCCUGGAAAAACUUUGGACACUGAGAUUAUCAACACGGCAGUUCUUACUGGCCGAACUGUGGCCAUCCCUGUCAAGGUGGUUUCCAUAGAACUGAACGGAGCAGUCACUGAUGUGUCAUCCUUUGUGCAGUGCAAGUCAUUCAAUGAGGACAUUGUCAAGGUGUCCAUGAACUGUGACUAUGUGUUUGUGAAUGGAAAAGAGACGCGUGGCUCCAUGAACGCUCGGGUGAUUUUCAGCUAUGAUCACCUGAGUGCCCCACUUGAGCUCACAGUCUGGGUGCCCAAACUACCCCUUAAAGUGGAGCUCUCAGACAACAAACUGAGCUUCAUCAAGGGCUGGAGGGUGCCCAUCUUACCCGACCGCAGAACGGCCAGAGACAGCGAUGAUGAUGAUGAUGAUGACCGUAAAGUGAGUCGGGGAUGUACGCUGCAGUACCAGAGAGCCCAGGUUAAGGUUCUGACCCAGUUCCACACAACCUCUACUGAAGGCACAAACCAGAUGAUCACUAUGCUGGGUCCUGACUGGCAAGUGGAUGUGACAGAGCUGGUGCAAGACUCUCUGAAGGUGGUGGACGCCAGGGUGGCUGAGUUGGUGGACAGGACGGUGCUAGUGGCCAACGAGCUUGGAUCAUCCACUCUGAAGGUUGAAUCCCCACUGGCAGUGGAGGCGGUACUGGGUGAAACACAGUUCUCUGUGGUAGACGAGAAAGUGUCUAUAGUGGAGUUACGUGUUCAUGCCAUCUCAGGACUGGCACUUAAUCUUCAACCAAGCCCUGGCAACAGCCAUACUAUGGUUGCCAAGGCAACUGGUCUGCAGACUCUCUCCAUUCUUAAGCAGGAGGCCAGUUUGUCCAUCUGGGUUUACUACAGCGACAAUACCGCCGCCCCCCUGAGUAUGUACGACCCUAAAGACUACAACCUCAAUGCCACCACAGCAGACGAUAAGGUGGUUACGGUGGCUCAACAACCCCAGCAACGGUGGCCAGUCAUCGUAGCCGAAGGUGAGGGCACAGGAGAGGUAGUGCAUGUGGAGAUGACCAUCUGCGAAACCUGCCAGAAGACUAAGCGCAAGAGUGUCAUUGCUUCGUCUCCUUUGUUCGUCAAAGUCCGCUUUGGACCGGAUGAAGACUCUGAGGAGGAAGUGGAUACAGAAACUGAAAUAGACACUCGAAUUCCUGCCAACACGAGAAGGCCUGCUAUCGAUUCCAACGUAGGUGGUGGAGGGUAUGAGCCAUCUAACGAGCAGCCCGCAAGUGUGCCCAUUGAUUACACCAACUUUCCUACAAUAAGCAAUCCGGAGGAACCAACUGAAGAAGACGAGGAGGACGACGAGUUUGUGCACAGUCCCCGUAGCAUGACUGACCUGGAGAUCGGCAUGUAUGCUCUUCUUGGGGUGUUUUGUCUUGCCAUUCUGGUCUUUCUUAUAAACUGUAUUGUAUUUGUGUUGAAGUAUCGCCAUAAGCGCAUCCCUCCUGAAGGCCAAGCCAACAUGGACCAUUCCCACCACUGGGUGUUCUUGGGUAACGGGGAACCCCUGCGCGCCCAGAGUGAUCUCUCGCCUCAGACGGUGGAAAGCCCCAGCAACACCUUGGAGGGGGUACAGACUUGUUGUCAUGGGGACCACGCCAGCAGCGGCAGCUCCCAGACAAGCGUACAAAGCCAAGUCCACAGCCGAGGAGAUGGCAGCUCCGGAGGUUCCACCAAAGACCACGGAGAAGACGCCAGCUCACCGACCUCCAAACGCAAACGUGUCAAGUUUACCACCUUUACCCUUCCGACUGAGGAUUUACCCUACAACUCCAUCCCCAUUGCCAACGAAGAGGACAUUCAGUGGGUAUGCCAAGACAUGGGCUUUCAGGACCCACAGGAACUGCACGACUACAUGCGCAGGAUAAAGGAAAUAGCCUGAUCGGGCUAUGUGCUUUCUAAAGACGUUCCUUUCUAUUUUCUCUCUUAAUUUUCACUCUAGAGGAGGUACCUUUCACUAGAAAAACAACCAAGGCCUAGUGUCCACUUUUGUUGGGGUUUUUUGCACAGUGCUGUUUCCCUUACACAUUGACACUUGUACAAACUAAAAAAUAUUCAUGACGCUGCCAGGGAAGCCAAAGACGAGUCUUGAGGGAUUCUAGCAAAAAUGGCUGUAGUGGUGUGUAUGAUUGCUGCUCAGUAUAAGGGUGAGUGUACAAUCUUUAAAGGAAACGUAGAAUUUCAGUUGUGAACAGUGAAUACUGAUAUCAAAAUGGAUUCCUAAAGUACUCAAUCAAGUGUGGGUUACCCUACUGUGGAUAGGAUCUUUCUCAGAGGAAUGCCUGGAGUCUUGGCACUGUGUCCAUUCUUCUGCUUCUCUUUUUUUUAAUUCAACAGAUUCUUCUCCAACAAAGAGGCCUUUGAAGUGCAGAUUCUACUUUUGUCCCAGAUUUGUGUUUGAGAUGGAUCAUUUUCACGCCAUUGUUGAUAAACCUGACACUUAGCCACAGAAACUGUCAGGGACGUUCGUGAGAACGUGCCAUGGAUUCUAUGUCAGUGUUGGAAAUGUUGAAUGGUUUUAAUCCCCUUGCCCCUUUUCCACGUUAUCUUGGUUCAACACAUGCCUUGGUUGCUGCAUUAGUUCUUCGUCUGUCUUUGGUAUUUCAUACUCGUUCUCAAUCUGGAUGCCACCUGCUUCUUGUCUUGGUUAAGUCUAAUGCCUUAUUAAACGGAUCUCAAUAGUCACAACCGCGUUCUGUGCUGACACCACAUUUGUUCACAUUGGUAAGGGCCAAAGCAGGAGCAACUCUACAGAUGUCUGUAUCUCAAUUAAAUGUGUGUCGGUACAGGAAAGGCAGGAGCUUGUACAUUGUGGAGUUAGAUAUCUUCUCCAACAUUCCUCUGCAUGAAUGGAGACUUGCAGGCACAAUUAGCGUUAUUUUUUUUUUAUUUUACUUUGUAUAUGUUUGUAUUGUGAGAAUUAUCUAAUCAUACAUAAAUGAUAAUAGAAGACAUAUCAUGUUACCAUGCAUUACAUGCAUGUGCCAGACCCUCCCUUCUGUGUACAUACCAUGUUCAGUACAUAACGACUUCAGAAGCUUAACUCUUGAUUACUCAGUUAGCCUGAGGAAUAGGGGAGGCAGAUGCCAUAUAGGGACUCGGCAGGCAGAUACUUGAAUUUCAGUGAGGCUAUCUUUUCUCUUUCUCUUUUUCUGUAUCUUUACUGAUCUCACCGUGAAUUCCCAUCCAGGCGGCAAUAGAGUUAAGAUCUUUGGUAAGGAUAAAAUGCUAUGCAAACACACUGGAGGGGUUGAUUAUUGUGUUUAAGUAGAUCUGCCCCGGAUAUUGAUAUAGCACCAUGGUUGCAUUCAUUAAUAUACCAAGAAAUAUCUCAAAACUAGUUGUAACAUCUGCCACAAUGUAAACUGCAGGUUUUGAGAUUUGUUUUUUUUUACUUUGAAGCUCGCUAGAGCUUUGUUAAAGAAAACACCACAAAAUGUGGUAGCACAGUAGGUCAAGCCCGAAACUUUAAACAUUUAGUAGUUUAGAAAGGGGUAAGCUGGUAAAAGGUCUGGAAGAUGAUAUCUGAUAUCUGUAUUGCUGCUGACCUAUCACAGGUUAGUUUCAGGGUUACAGUCCCCCCAGUUUCUUCAGGACACCUAAAUUCACACACACCGUAUUAAAUGUUUAUUUCCUCACUUGUGCUGUAUUUGUAACAUGCAGGAUUUAUGCAUGACUUUGUUUUAAUAGUCGUAUUAGUCAUUUUCCUGUAACAAGGAAGGAACGCCUAUUAUAACGUUUUUAUUCUAUUAUUAUUAUUAUAACAUUAUUUUUAUUUUUUUUUAACUCACCCCUAAUUGAAUCAGGGGUCCUUUUCACUCCAGAUAAAAGGCACAGAGAACUUAUUACUGACACCUCUCCACCUUUCUCCUAUGAUUUGUAGCCCCUUCACCUCUUUCUCAAAGGAUUCGGAUGAGUAAACCCUCGUGUGAUGAAAUGUUAAUUGAUGAUGUAACACGUCAAGGUAUUAGGUUUUGCUAAACAGUUGGAGUGUUGGUCAAAGGUGUAGUUUAACUCACAUUUUAACUUUAUGGAGGCUCAGAACUGAAUGUAAACUUUUCAACUGUACCUUGAUGAUCAAAAUGAACCAUUUCCAAUGUGUUAUUAAGGUCUUCUGAUGGGGUACAUAAGACUCUAUAUGACUACUAGCAAGUCUCUGGUAGCAGCUCAUACACUUUUCCUUUUUCUAAAAUUAUUUUCCUAAGUGUAAUAUCACCAUCAGGACAUUUUUGGUUUCAUAUUGUUUUCUACUUUCAACUAUGUAUGUAAAUGAAACAGCAGUUGCAAUAUCUGCACUUACAUUUUUUCUUUUUCAAGAGGAGCUGCUACUAGGCAUUUGCCUUGACCACAUGCUGUGUUGUGGUGUAGAUUUGAGCUGUACUCUCUGUUCUGCUGAAGCACGGUACUGUCAGCCAUGUGCUGCCACACCCUUAAUGUACAGAGCACUGUUACAACAUCCUGUAUCCUCCCUAAAAAGCAACUGUUGUAUUUCCCUCCUUAUAUGUAAGUACUAAAGAAAAUACAAUGCA